UUUUACAACGUGCACGGAACUGGCGGCAUGGAAUCGGCCGGCACGGAACUGGUUUCGGCACGGAAUCGGCGACACGGAAACGGCGGCACGGAAUCGGCUGCACGGAAAGUUCUACAAAAGUUUUAUAAAUCUUUUUGAUAAAUUGAAAAAAUGUUAAAACGUGGAUGCGCCGGAAUGGAACUUGAAAUGGAUGAGUCAAUGCAAACAACGCCGCCAAAAAAUCCGAGAAGAGAAGAUGAAAGGAAUGGACAGCAACAAACACCCCAAACGCCUUCACCUUCUCGUUUGGUAUAUCAAAUGAAUGUUUUAGACGCAGCUUUGACCCAUUAUUUUAGUCCUAAAAGAAAAUCACCAAGUCGAGUAGCUGGGAGAGCACAAAGAAAAUUAAACUUUGGAGUAGUCGAUUCUGAACAAGAAGAGGAAGAAAAAGAAGAUAUUUUAAUGGAUGAACAAAAUAUGGAAUCUUCAACCAGAAAACUCGAAGUACAAAAAAUUGGGAGGAAAGGACCUCUAGAUUGUAAUAUUUCUGCAAUUAGGCAUUGCUUUAAUGAAUUGGAUGACUAUUUACCAAAAAAUUUAAUUUUAAAAGAAAAGGAAUCAAAUCUUUUUCAAGAAUGGUUUAAUUUACUUUUUAGUGGAGAAUUUAAUAUUUUGGUACACGGAUUGGGAUCUAAACGGAAACUAUUUGAAAAUUUUCGAGAAUUUUUGUCUUCCUAUCAUUGCUUUGUUAUUGAUGGUUUAUUUCCUGGAAUGUCAGUUUCUACUAUUUUUGAACAAAUUGAAAUUAAUUUGGGGCUGAAAUCACGUGUAAAAUUUAAAACAAAAAUAAAUGAUUGGGCAGAAGAAUUAAUUGACAAAAUAAAAGAAGAGUUUAUUUUUAUUUUAAUUAAUCAUAUUGAUUCACCCCAACUUCGAUCAAGACAACAACAAGAAGCUCUUUCUAUUCUUGUUAGGUCAAAGAGGAUUCGUUUAAUUGCUAGUGUUGAUCAUGUGAAUGCAGCUCUCUUGUGGGACCAGUCUCUCCGUGAUGCCUUUAAUUGGUUAUAUUACCCAGUCUCCACAUUAAAUUGUUAUGGAAAUGAAGUAUUUUCUUCAAAUGGAAAUAUUUUAGACCAUCGUGUAAAAGGAGUUAGUGGACGUGCACACACAAUAGAAUCUUUGGAUGUUUUUUGGCAAGCAACAACAACAAAUAUGAGAAAAAUACUUGAACAACUAGCAAUUCAUGCACCAAUGUAUUCCGAACGUUUUAAAUGGGAUUCUCUAAAUAUUCCAAAAUUUUGUCGAAUUUUAAAAGAGGAAUUUGCAACAACAUCAGAAACUGUUCUUCGUCAACAAUUAAUUGAAUUUAGAGACCAUUCAAUUAUUCAAUUUAAUAAAGAUGAACAUAUUCUGUUGACAGUAGACAGGAAUUUGUUAGUUAAUUUUUUGGAACAGAAAAUGAAACAAAAUGAUUAA